UGCUGGUCUAUGUGCCAAAUCCAAACAUUUGCUGGCUCUUGUUCUUCCCAACCCCUCUUUCUUCGCCGCAGUGUUGCUGCGAAUCCGAAUUCUUUUGAGUUUUCGUCUCAACAGCGUGAAAGAGAUUUAUUGUGAGCUAUGGAACACGGCUCAUACUCUGAUCCGAGUAAAUCCACAUUUUCUUUCGGGGAUGAGGAUCAUACUUUUGCAAAUUCCGUCAGAUUCAGUUUAAAUCAAGAUGCAAUAUAUGCUGAUGAGGCAUUGUCAUUACUGUUGUCUUACAGCCCAAGAGUGUCAUUUUGUGGGUACAGCAUUCCCCAUCCUUCAGAUAAUCGUGUUAACAUCAGAGUACAGACAACAGGGGAUCCAGCACGCGAGGUGUUAAAUGAUGCAUGUCAAGAUCUCAUGCUAAUGUGCCAGCAUGUUAGGAGCACUUUUGAUAAGGCAGUCAGUGAUUUUAAAAAAGGCAAGACUAGGAAGGGCAAUAAGGAUAUGAAUGUUGAUUAGUGUACUAGUUAUAUUUCACUUUGUAUCUUUUUGAUCCGCAUCACGGUGAAUUUAGAAAAAUAUCAGCCAACUGCAAAACUAAGAAGAAUUGGCAAUUUCAUUAUGUAUUGAAGUUGAUGUUUGUGUGCAUCGUUGGUCUUAUAGGUGGGUAUAAAAAUAUCCUUAGAACUCAUCUUCCAUUUUUGUAUUUUGCGUAUGUAGCAGCUACACAAAACUAAUAUUUACUAUCAGUUUUUGAACUUUCUUUCA